AACCCCCCCUCGGAAGGAUGGCGGCGGCGGUUUCCAGGGCCAUCUGCGUCCAGAAACCGGGCUCCAAAUGCAGCAGGGACAGGGAAGCGACCUCCUUCGCCCGCCGAACGGUCGCGGCGCCGAGGCCCCCGCGCGCCAAAGCCGCCGGCGUCAUCCGCUCCGACUCCGGCGCGGGACGGGGCCAGCAGUGCUCGCCGCUGAGGGCCGUCGUUGACGCCGCGUCGAUACAGACGACCAAAAAGAGCAAAUGGCGCCUCAGUCUCCCGCGCGCAAGCUACAACGGUUCAGGGUCCGGUGCUGCGGCGGCUGAGCCGUCUACCGUGGGAGACACCUUGGAACGGGAGGAGGGCGGCGGCACAGAGGCAGGCGCUUCGGCUGAUGAGUCAUCCAACCGGAAGCAGCCGCCCCCUGUUGACCCCAAGAUUGAGAAGGAGCUCAAGAAGGUAGUUCAGAAGACUGCGGCAACCUUUGCACCAAGGGCGUCCACGAAAACAAAGAACCCUGCUGUCCCUGGAAGUACCCUGUACACCGUCUUUGAAGUCCAGGGCUAUGUUUCCAUGCUGUUGGGCGGAGCACUUUCCUUCAAUCUCAUAUUCCCAUCGAAUGAGCCAGACAUCUGGAGGUUAAUGGGAAUGUGGUCCAUUUGGAUGUUCAGUAACUAUACCUUCGCUUCGGGCUCGUGACUGCUCCAAUAAAGAGAAAGAAGCUCUCAACUACUUAUUUCUCCUGAUUCCUCUGAUCAACGUUAUGAUUCCAUUCUUCGUGAAGUCCUUUGCUGUUGUUUGGUCAGCAGAUACAGUUGCUUUCUUCGUGAUGUAUGCAUGGAAGCUUGGAUGGCUGCAAAGGUUGAAAUGAAGAUUUUUGGUGUGCUCUCUUGGUGAUGUGUGUAUGAAAGCUUGGAUAUUUGGUUUGAAAAGGUGGAGUCGGUAGCUUUUUUGCUGAGAGAAACAUUUGUCCUCAAAAUUUUCACAUCUUUUGGAGGGAGCUGCAUGAUUAGUUUAUUCCAAGAUUUAGUUCAUAUAGCCUUUUAUAUCUUGUGUAUAUGCAGGGAGUACGAAAAAACAGCCUUUCACAUUUAGGCCUUGUUCGGUUAGCUUCCAAUCCACAUGGAUUGAGUGGGAUUGGGUGGGUUUAAAUCCCAACUAAGUCAAACUCUUUCUUAAUUUUUUCCAAUCUCAUCCAAUUCAUGGGUAACGGGAUUAACCGAACAAGGCCUUAAGUGAUAAAUAUAUGUACCUGAAGUCUGAACAUUUUUGUUGACUACGAACUGAACAGCUCUAAAUGGUUCUUGAUUUCUCAAUACUUUUUGUCCCAGACAAUAUCUAUGUUGACUGCUUUUUCUGAAAAUGAAACGGGGUACCAGUGGAGUUUGGAAACAUUUGUAUGGUUCAUGUCAUCUCUGAGAUUUCGAUAUGCAUCCGUGAAAGUAAUAUGUUGCACAUCUCAUGCGUAUUCUGUCGCCUUACCGAAGUCACUGCAUGCUUCAGGCGCUUUGUGCUUUUUCCCUCUGUUUGAUUUCUAUUCAACUCUUCGAAAUUUAAGACCAAGUUUGUGUUUUAGUGACUAUUUUGCAGGAUCAUCUAUUCACCCCCUUCAUAUGCUCUUAAAUAGCGCUUUCCAUGUUAAAUAGUGUGCCAUGUCUUUUGGCUCCAGCAGAAGCUGGGCUAGCCGCUACCCAGGAUUGCAUUUGCUUCGGCAAAGGGUUGCCAGCUCGUCAAAACCUAAGCGUUCUGUCCACUCGCCUGGUUCUCGUCAGUCGCCAGUUCAGCCGCCAGGUCCGCUUCGUAGGACGUACGCCGAGGUUCUCAAGUCGACUGCUCUCUCUGGGGAAAUGGCUAAGGAAGGCGCCGAGGGGGAUGGCUGGAGAGUGAUGGAUCGCCGUCGUCAACAGGUACGAGGUCGUUCCUCGGGUGCUGGCAUCUGGUCGCUUCGCGGUCGUGCAAACUGGGAAGCCCGUGGCCGUGGUACCUGGUGUGGCCGUGGCGGUCGGUUCGUCGCGUCUGGUUCGUCGCUGGGCCUUGAUGCCAGGGUGGCUGUUGAGCGCAGUAGUGGUGUUCAGUCCGAGGCAGCAAAAAAAAGGGUGGCCGACGUUGCAUCUGGGGUAUCGGACAUGGGGAAGAAACGCCGUGAAGAGCUUUGUUGCGAAAUUUGUGAAGACAAUCAUGUGCCUGAGGAGUGUCCGGUAUUUAAUGGACCAAAGCCGCAGGCAGCUCUCUGUGGUUUUGCGGGAGGUGAAUCUGGUUUUUUUCAAAUUCCUACUUGGGGAGCAAAGGGGGUAUUACCAAGGUCGGAUGGUGUCACGGCCUUCAUAACAGUGAAGGAAGGGAAUGUUACUGCCGAACUCGUUAAGUCUGAACUCUCUAGACUUAUUCCAGUGAAGUGGAAUUGGUCGGUCCAGAAGCAUGCAGAUGGUUUUAUAGUGCCAUUUCCGUGCAGAGUGGAGCUUCAACGUAUGAUUGCUAUGAAAUAUGUUCAUACGUUGGGAGGAGAAGGUAUCUUAGUAAUUCAAGAGGUUAACCAAAAAAUAGAACCGAUAUCUUAUCUGCAGAAGGCCUGGGUGAAUGUGUACGGGGUUCCUUUUGAGAUCCGCUCAUUUCUUCCUCUGUGGGCAGUUGGUUCUAUUUUGGGGGCAACUCAGAAAGUGGACAUGCGCUACACUCGGAAAAUGGGGGUGGUUCGUAUUUUGGUUGCAGUGACGGAUGUGAAUCAUAUCCCGGAAUCCGCAGAAAUAGUGGUUGGUGAAGGAUUAUACGAGAUAUUCUUCAAAGUUGACAAGGUCCUUAAAGAUGGUAGAUGGAUUGACAAUAAUAAUACGGGUACUCGAGACAGAGAUGAUAAGGAACAAGGUGAAAAUGAUGAUUUUACUGAGAAUCAUGAGAAUGAUAUUUUUCAGCCGGAGGAAGCAGUAGAAGACACUGUCAUGGAGGAUAAUUCCUUACAUAGUGACCCUAUGAAACCACAUGAUGAAACUUCAGAUAUGGGGAUAGGGGUUCAGCACAGGAAACCGUUCAUUAAUGACUCAGUGACAUUGGAGUCAGAAGUUUUGACUUCGGUUGAGCCAACAGUUUUGAAUUUAAUGACCUCUACUUGCGCUGAUCAGCAUUUACAGCCAGCUCCUGAGGAAUAUGGACUGGAUUCGGUGAUUUGUAUUGCCGAUCAUGCUUCAGAUGGCCUGGAAUUGUCAACAGGAAGGGUUGGUGUUGAUGGAAAUCUCAGCAGCUUGAUUGAUUUGGCUCCAGACUGCUCGGUUCUUGCUAGUGGAUCAAUCAGUGAAGAGGGGCUGUCUGUGUCCAAAGUAAGUAUUCCAUCUCUGGAAGCAACAGGGCCAUUUGCUGGGAGAGAGAUCAACUUGGCUUUUGAUGAUAUUAAUAUUCCUUCUGCGGCUGACAGCUUGCUCAUCGAAAAACAUAAGACACGUGAGAGCACCAUUCACCUGGGACAUGUUAAUUAUUUUACUGAUGUACCCCGUUCUGUCCUCCAGGAGGCACUUAAGUCUAAUUCUCUUACUAAGAGAGUAAAGACUGAAAAACUUAAUCAAGGGGGUGUCAUGUUAAGUGCCAGGAGGACUAACACAGAUGAAGAUAUAUUGUCCAAAGCUCAGCGUCUGGCAGCAAAGCGUAAUUUAGAAAUCAGUUAUUUUCAGGGUUACUCACUGGUUCAGAUUCUGGAGACUUCUACAGAAGGAGGAAAAGCACCAACAAAUUCUCGAUGUCUGUCGAGCUUUGGAGGUGGUGGCGAUGGAAGUUUUUGCAAUGCAUGGAUGGCGCUCGAAUGCAAGAAUUGAAGAUGGCUAGUGUUUUCUAUAGUCAUGGCAUUUUGUUUUCUUUGAGUUAGUUUAAUUAUUCAAGCAAUUGCUCUAUGGUCCAAUAAUCGUUAUGUAAUGGCUGUACGCAUUUGUAUGCUAAAGCCGGAACUCUUGUUUCCAUAAUCAAAAAAAAAAAAUGUCUU